ACGUUCUCAACUUGCACUUUCUUUCCCAACCAUCACUGCGAGUGGGCAAGGCAAGGACAACGAUGGCCAGCAUCAACGAGCUACCUACGCCAGGACCUGAGUCUCCGCGCGCUGAGCGCAAACCGUAUCGAUUUGCGACGCUAUGCGCGACUGUGGAGAACCCUGAUAUGAAGGAUCAGUAUGGCGCGAGUUCUGUACCCAUUUACCAGACUGCUACUUUCAAAGGUGCUGGCGGCCAGUAUGAUUACACUCGUAGCGGCAAUCCGACGAGGAGUCAUCUCGAACAUCACUUGGCAAAAAUGUCGUCUGCGGAGCAUGCAUUCGCCGUAUCGUCUGGAAUGGCGGCCAUGGAUGUGAUCACUCGUCUGUUGAAGCCAGGCGACGAGGUCAUUGCUGGUGACGAUUUGUACGGCGGUACGAACCGCCUGCUAAAUUAUCUCAAGUCGCACGGCGGUGUUAUUGUUCACCAUGUCGACACUACAAAUGCAGAAAGCAUCCUGCCAUACAUUAAGACCGGAAAGACAGCUAUGGUCUUGCUCGAGAGUCCGACCAACCCGCUGCUUAAAAUUGCAGACCUAGCGAAGAUCUCCGCUGAUGUGAAGGAGUGCGCUCCGGAGGCGAUCGUUGUCGUCGAUAACACAAUGAUGAGCCCUUACUUGCAGAGGCCUCUUGAGCAUGGUGCAGAUAUCGUCUACGACAGCGCAACAAAAUAUCUCUCCGGACAUCACGAUCUUAUGGCGGGAAUCAUCACUUGUAAUCGCGAUGAUAUCGGAAAGCAAAUAGCCUCUAUUAUAAACUCCAUCGGUAAUGGUCUAUCGCCGUUUGAUUCAUUCCUGCUCUUGCGUGGAACCAAGACGCUCGCGGUACGCAUGGACCGUCAGCAGUCUUCUGCGAUGGCUGUCGCAACCAUGCUUGAUCGUCUCGGUUUUACUGUUCACUAUCCGGGCUUAAAAAAUCAUCCUCGUCGCGAGGUACAUGAACGCAUCGCAAGUGGCCCAGGUGCUGUGUUGAGUUUUGAGACCGGUGAUAAGGCGCUCAGCGAGCGCAUUGUUGGAGCGACACGCCUUUGGGGCAUCAGCGUCAGUUUUGGUUGCGUAAACUCGCUCAUUAGCAUGCCUUGUGUCAUGUCGCACGCCUCGAUUGAUGCUGCUACGCGCGCAGCUCGUGGACUUCCGGAAGACCUUAUCCGCCUGUGCGUUGGUAUUGAGGACCCUGCUGAUCUUCUUGAUGAUCUUGAGCACGCACUGCUUGAGGCAGGCGCUAUUACACUUGAACAAGGUGUCGAUGGUCAUCACUACAUUCGAGCAUCUUUGAAACGUGAAAGCCACACGAUCAGUCGCGCAGUUGAGAAACUUGCCCUUAAUGAACCGGAAGAGCGUCGUAAGGAUGAUAGAGAAUGGUUUGUCAGUGCUCCGGGCAAAGUGAUAUUGUUCGGAGAACAUGCAGUCGUUCAUGGUGUCACUGCCCUUGCUGCUUCAGUGGACUUGCGUUGCUAUGGUCUAACCGCACCCCGACACGAUAACAAAGUUUCUGUACGCUUUUCGGACCUCGACGAUUACUACCAUGAGUGGGACAUCAACAGUUUGCCCUGGGAUGCAGCGACACAUGUCCCGCCCGGAACAAAUCAUCCAGAUACACUCGAUCCCAAGCUGAUUGAGGCGAUUUCCUCGCGGGCUCUCCCAGUCUCGAUACACGACGUCCCAACAGCUCGUAAUGCCGCAUUGACGUUCCUCUAUCUCUACAUGACACUUGCACAUGAUGCGCGCCCUGCAUUGCAUUACAGCGCUCGCGGUACACUUCCUGUUGGAGCAGGCCUUGGCUCCUCCGCAUCUUUCUCCUCGUGCGCUGCUAGCGCCCUAUUACUCGUUAUGAGGCGUAUCAAAGUACCACCACGUCCUGCUCCGUCAGUUCCACCAGCAAGCGCUGAAGAUCCGGGUCAUGUGCAUGUGAGCCACCAGGGACGACGUGCGCUUCCGUCGGACAUGGCGGAAGAGGUCAAUCGUUGGGCGUUCGUUGCGGAGAAAGUACUGCAUGGCAACCCUAGUGGAAUAGAUAAUUGUGUAUCUGUAUUUGGAGGCGCCCUUGCAUACACCCGCCCUGGCUUUGAGAGGAAGAGCGGCAUGGAGCCCAUUCAAGGGUUCAAGUCAUUGAGGUUCUUGCUUAUUGAUACUAAGGUCCCCAGGAACACUAAGGCACUUGUCGCUGGUGUUGGCCUCAAGAAACAAAAUGAACCCGAAUAUGUGAAUGGGAUAUUGGAAGCAAUCCAGGCAAUCAGUGAUGAAGCACGUCGCCUUCUGGCUGAUCCGGAAAUUCCACGUGAAGAGCAGAUUAGGGCAAUCGGAAGCCUAAUUAACGAAAAUCACGUACACUUGCGCGACCUUGGCGUGUCUCAUCCUGCUCUUGAGGCAAUCAAAUCUAAGACGGCUGGAUACGGCCUGCAGUCGAAACUCACCGGAGCCGGAGGUGGUGGAUGUGCGGUCACCCUAGUUCCAGAUGGCUUCUCAGAUGAUAAACUACGUCAACUAAUGAGCGAGCUUCGUACAGACGGUUUCGAACCGUAUCUAACAUCGGUCGGCGGAUCUGGUGUAGGAGUGUUAUCACCACAUGGCCUAUCGGAAGACGCCCGUGUUAGCGCGUACGAUGCUCCGGUGACGCCACCAGAGACUCCAGAUGCAACCGGUGUGAAUGUAAGUGCUGCGGCGCAACCUACCUCGUUGCGUUCUGUCUUCGAGAAUGCCGCUCCUAUCGACCUCGCCGAUUGGGCUGAGAACCGCGGAAGGUGGUUGUAUGUGUAAAAGAAAUCAAUAUCGAUUGGGCGGCGGACGGACGGACAACCUUGAGCACCGAUUGGCUUCGCAUAAGUUGCUGCGUGGAUAUUGGUUGCGUUGGUUCUUGAUUCUUUUGAAAAAAGAUUCCACUCUUUGGUCCAAUCCGAGGAGGUAUUGAAUAAUGAAUUGUGAAUUAGAUAUAAUAUCAUAAAGAAUCUUACCACAUACUUACAUGCGUCAUCUUCUUGUCCAUCUUGUUUUAUGUAUGACUCGUUUCUUGCAAUAUUAUAAAUCCC